CCUCCAGGGCCCUUAAAAAACAUAUCUUGGAGGGCGAGUCAGACCCAGGCCCCCACGCCUGACAAGAAAAGAUGGGGAGCCCAGGAAGGAGCCUUCUGGUGCUCUGUGUAGCCCUGACCAUUGCAACACUCUCUGCUCAGCAAAGGAGGGGAUUGAGUGACCAAGAAGCUUUAUCCCUGUUCCUGAAAAUCUACAACAGAGACUCCAGUGAUAAUGCCAUUUUCAGGCUGCGGGAGUCCCAACCUGUCCUCAGAGAGGGUAGGACAUUGACCUUGAAUGCCACCAUCCAGGAAACAAAUUGUCUGAAGUCAGAGAAUCGGAAUCCUGACCAGUGUGAAUUCAACGAACGUGGGCUGGUGAGAGACUGCUCAGGAAAGAUGUCUCCUGAUCGACAUCCCCUGUUGGUUGUCAUCGUUUGUGACUCCGUGCCCUCACAGGUCACUCAAAACCAGGAUGUACUGCAAGUGGCAAAUCUUAACAGUCAUGGAAAACGAAAGAGAAGAAGUUCUACAGAAGGAGAUGUGUCAUUAGAUGCCUUUCCAGACACUCAAAGGAGGUUUCCUCGUUCUAUAUUUCCUAGGUUCUUCCCUAGACCUAGGCCUAUAUUUAGGCCCAGACCUGGCCCCAAUUUGCCUGGCCCUCCACCUGUCCGUCCACCUGUCUUUCAGCCUGUCUUCAAUGUCGCUCCCCCUCCCCCAUCCCCUCCCCAUGGCCCUCGGAUUAGCCUCAAUUUGCCUGGCCUUUCAUCUAUCCCCAAAGCCCCUCCCCUUCCCCCUGGCCCUCAGACUAGCCUCAAUUUACCUGGCUUUCCAUCUAUCCGCAAAGCCCUUCCCCUUCCCCCUGGCAGUUGGACUGGCCUCAAUUUGCCUAGCCUUCCAUCUAUCCCCAAAGUCCCUCCCCCUCCCCCUGGCCGUCGGCGUGACCCCAAUUUCUCCAAACUUCUGUCUGAUGUUUUGUCUGACCUCAAUUUACCCGACCUUCUGUCUGGUCCUUGGCUUGGCCCCAAUUCACCUAGCCCCCCGCCUCGCCCCAAUUCGACCAGCCCACCGCCUGGCCCCAAUUCACCUAACCCUUCUCCUGGCCCCAAUGUCCCUGAACCCGAGACUGAUUCUGACUUCCCCUGACCCCAGCCUGGCCCCAAUUUCCCUAGAUCCUAACCUAGGCCUGAUUUCUUGGCUCUUUGCCUAGGCCCAUCUUUGGCUAAGCUCCCCAUUUAGAUUCCUGUCUCAUGCCCAGAAUGCCAUAUCUAGCUUAGGCCCACUAAACUUGCUUCUUCAAUGAGUUCCAAGAUUUGAACCCACAGAUCCAGUACGACAGGCCAACCAAUAUAUAUAUAUAUAUAUUAAUAGGAACCAAAUGCAGUAAAAGAAGCUCAAAAAUCAAAAGAAGAGACUGGAUUGUGAACCAUCAAAGGGCAGGGACUUUUAGAAUUUUAUUGUAGUACUCCAAGCAGAUAGCAACUGAAUAAAAGCUCUUUGAUACCA